UCGGUCCCGCUCUGCCGUGCGGCCGGGGUGGAAGGAGAGCAGCGCGGGGUCGCGGGGCGUCCCCCGGGACGGGGCGCAGUUCUGGGACCGGCUGCAGCGCACUCAAGCGACCAGAACCCAGAGACCGAGGCGCAGUCCGGGGCUCUGCGCUCGGCUCCAGGCUCCGAGCCCCGCCGCCCGGUGGACGCGCACCGUGGCAGCAGGAAUCGGGGCAGCCAGCCUGGCCUUGGCUUCCUGCGGGCCGGCAGGAGGACGCCGGCAGGAGGACGCCGGCUGAGCCGCCUCAGCCCGCGGACCAAGCCCCGGGGCGGACGCGCCCUCGCCAGCCGGUGCGCUGCGCCGGCGCAGCCCUCACUCACCGCCUCCUGCCCGCGCCGGUCCCGGAGCGCAGCGGAGCGUUCGCGCCGCCAGCCGCCUCGGCUCAGGCCGCCGCCAUCUUUCUUCCGGGAAGAGGCGGGCAAGCCGUCCGGCCCGUGCGGACGCGGGCGCCGCCAUCUUACCCCCGGGCGGAAGCACCCGCGCGGCCACUCCAAGGGAGCCAAUGAGAAGAGCAUGCGGGGGCACGUGAUGACCGGCCUGGUCCCGCCCUCCCCACCCCGGUAGAAAGCCGGACCCAAGCGCCUCCGGACACGCUGCCUCAGGGCGACUUCCGCCCACGGCCCGCCGCCGGGUGUAGGCGCCGAGGGGAGGCCCGCGCGCCCGGGAGUAUCGCGCGCACGCGUCGCCCGCUCGGCGCCGCGCCUGCGCAUUCGGCGCGGCCCCCCGCCGCGAUGAGGCUGCUGCGGCGCGCGUGGCGGCGCCGGGCGACUCUGGUCCUGGGCGGCCUCGCGCUCUGCAGCGCAGCGUUGCUCUAUUUGGCGCGGUGCGCGUCCCAGGGAGCCGCUCCCGCUGCCGCCGCUGCGCCCCGCGCCGCCGCCUUCUUGGCCGUACUGGUCGCCAGCGCUCCCCGUGCAGCAGAGCGCCGUACCGCGGUGCGCAGCACGUGGCUGUCAGCGGCGCGGCGCGGUGGCACCGGCGACGUGUGGGCGCGCUUCGCCGUGGGUACCGGCGGCCUGGGCGCCGAGCAGCGGCGCGCCCUGGAGCGCGAGCAGGAGCGGCACGGGGACCUGUUGCUGCUGCCAGCGCUGCGCGACGCCUACGAGAACCUCACCGCCAAGGUGCUGGCCAUGCUGGCCUGGCUGGACGAGCACGUGGCCUUCGAGUUCGUUCUCAAGGCAGACGACGACUCUUUCGCUCGACUGGACGCGCUGCUGGCCGAGCUGCGAGCUCGCGAACCCGCGCGCCGCCGCCGCCUCUACUGGGGUUUCUUCUCGGGCCGCGGGCGCAUCAAGCCCGGGGGCCGCUGGCGCGAGGCCGCCUGGCAGCUCUGUGACUACUAUCUCCCCUACGCGCUCGGCGGCGGCUACGUGCUCUCGGCGGACCUGGUGCAUUACCUGCGCCUCAGCCGCGAGUACCUGCGCGCGUGGCACAGUGAGGACGUGUCUCUGGGCGCCUGGCUGGCUCCGGUGGAUGUACAGCGGGAGCACGACCCGCGCUUCGACACCGAGUACAAGUCGCGCGGCUGCAGCAACCAGUACCUGGUGACACACAAGCAGAGCCCGGAGGACAUGCUAGAGAAACAGCAGACGCUGCUGCGCGAAGGCCGGCUGUGCAAGCGCGAGGUGCAGCUGCGCCUCUCCUAUGUCUACGACUGGUCAGCACCACCCUCGCAGUGCUGUCAGCGGAAGGAGGGCAUCCCCUGAGCCCCAGGGACGCGGACCAAACGGCCAGGCCCUCGAGAAGUACCUGGCUCAUCUGGUGACACUGGAGGCCAGGUGGCAGCAGACAGCACCUAGCCCCUUCCACCCCCUCGCUGGGCCCAAGUUGUGCACCUUUGUAGCAACACGUGUGGACCCAACCAAGUGCAUCUUGUGGUUUUGGAGACUCCUGGAGGUGCCUCCUAAUGUGGCUCCUCCUGCCCCUGGACGUGGCCAGCAUGUGCCCAGCCUAGUCGCUGCCUGGCUUUGGGUAAAGUCAGGAGGAGCCUCCUUGACUGCUGGGGUCUGCAGCUCCCCCAACCUGGAAGGGGCAGAGAAACCGCCCUGCAGGCCCAUGUGUCAGACCCACCUGUGUUGCCAUCCAAAGUUGUCACUGUUAUUUGGACAGGUUACUCUCGUGUCUAGUGGGUUUUAUCUGUCAUGUGUGUCUGAGAUUUGAAUUGGUCUAACGUUAACUAGCUUCAAUGGCAUUGUGAUCUGUUUCUUGAAUGAGUUCAUGGUGAGCAUGGCUCCGUGGUCACCAUGGCCUAUUGUAAGUGUGGUACGUCUGUGUAGAAGAG